AUGUUGGAUUCGGUGCGAGGACUGUUGCGUGACUUCUUUGGGGAUCCGCUUGCUGCUGACGGGAGGAAAGUGGAGCACGGUUCGUUGGACGACCUUCGCCGGAGACACUUCCAGGGCACGAGGACGGGUAGUGUGGUCAGACGCAGAUUGUCGCAGAAUACAGUGGAACAGAGGAGAAGACGGCUGCGAUCUUACUCUGAGGGGAGAGCUAAACCUUCUGCAGGCAGUAGACACAGGAUAUCUAAGACCAAGUUCAACUCGAAGGGAACUGCUCGUGGCAGCAGUGGCUCGCGCAUGUCACGGAUGCUACAGAACGUAAAGUCGAUGUUCAGCAACGAUGCAGCGAAUUUGGAUAGGAUGAAGCUGACCAGCGAAACUUUGACGAUCGGUACGGGACGCAGCAGGGCCGGGUGGGACACGCAGAUGCGGCACAAGAUCCAGCAGAGCAAUGCCUUCAAGAGGAAGCUUUCCGAACUGAAGUACGACAGACAGCAAUUGAUGCUGCUGCGUGAGUGGGAGCGGUUCCAAGAGCGGAACGCGGGCCCAUCGCGAAGUCUAGCGAACAACGGGAACAUGCCGACUUUAGAAGACGACCGGGUGGUGCUCCUGCAGAGGGAAAACGAGCGACUUUCGCGGCAGCUGGCCGUUAGGGACUCCGAGAUCCAGCUGCUCAAGAAACGGCUGGACUGUCUCGAAAGCAACACGAAGCUGCGAGCCAAGGAUGAGUUACUGGACCUAUUGAGCGCGGACUCGAACGCUCUUGAGGAAGAAAUGGACGUUGUACCGAAGCACUCAAGUAGUGAGGUUCACUCCUUGAGAAACGGUCCCGAGGCGCAAACCACGCAUUCUGCGAGGUCGUUCUCCCCCGUGAGGGUCGAUUAUUCGAUGUACUCGUCGUCGUAG